AUGUGGUCACUGAGACAGCGUCACCAAAUUAGAGCUCAGGUCAAUCGAGAGCUCAGACAAAGGACAGAAUCAACAGACAAGCCAUUAUUAGCUCCAGGUUCUAUCGACCUCGAAGGCACUCGACACCCAUCUGCAAGUCUUAAUGGAACAUGUUGGUUCCAUGGCGCGGCUGGCGUUCAAAACUCGGAUGAGGAGCAACCGAGCAGUUCAACCAAGGGGCAUAUCCUAGUCAAAAGUGAACCCGGGGACCCUCUCAAUCCACAGAACUGGCCGUUGAUUUCACGAUGUAAGAACAUUGCCAUCUUGUCGUUUCUCAUCUUCGUCCAGGGCUGGGCAGGCGCUUCUGAAUCAAUGGCGAAUUCAGCAGCAAGUUCGCACUUUCAUGUCAGUCAAGUCGCCCAGAACUUGGACACGGCAAUGUAUCUAUUUGGCAUCGGGAGCGGCGCUCCAUUUGCUGGUCCAUUGUCUGAAACAGUGGGGAGAAAUCCUGUAUACUUGAUCGCAACGUUUUGCUACCUCUUCUUCGUCUUUGGAUCUGCAAUGGCGACGAACUUUGGAGGCCGUAUUACGUGCCGGUACUUUGUGGGCUUAUUCUCCAGUGCCACCCUAGCAAUAAAUGGAUCGAGCGUUAGAGACCAAUUCAGAGAUGUGAAAAGGGCAUUCGUUUUCCCAGUGAUAGCUUGGGCCAAUGUAAUAGGUCCUCUGGCUGCCCCAGUAGCGAGCGGAUGGCUAGUAUCCAGUCCCAGCCUGGGCUGGCGAUGGGCCGACUGGAUGACUUUAAUCAUAUCUGGUGUUGCAUUCGUGGUCGCGACGCUGUUUCUUCCAGAAACAUACUUGCCGCUGCUUUUGGAUUGGAAAGCGAAAGAACUUCGACGUGCGACUGGCGAUCUGCGAUUCACAUCCGAGCACGCAAUGGCAAAUAAUUUUCUUCAUCGCCUAAAGCACAAUGCGAAACUUGGCAUUACCUUUUACCGAACAGAAAUCAUUGUAACGGUAUUGGGAUUUUACCUGCUACUGCUAUACACGCUGCUCUUUACAUCCCUGUCAGGCUUUGACUUCAUCUUCAAGGACACGUACCGGCUUUCCACUGGACUUACCGGCAGCUGUUUUGCCUCCAUCGCGGUUGGGUCAACAGUCUUCACAUUGAGUGCACCAGGUUUAUACAGCUGGGCUCGCAACGAUACGGAACACGUACAUGGGGCACAUGUUGAGCCUGAAUUCCGAUUAUGGCCCGCAAUUGUCACGGCGCCCAUGCUACCCAUUUGUCUCUUCUGGCUCGGUUGGACCAAUUACCCGCGCAUAUCCAUAUGGUGCGGUCUAGGCGCUUGUUUUGUCUUUGGCGUUGUCUUGACCGCCUUCUAUGUGAGCAGCUACGAGUAUAUCAUAGACAGCUAUGGAGAGCAUUCGGCUAUCGCUCUUGCAAGCGUUACAGCCGUCCGGUAUUUGGCUGCGGGAGGCAUGGUCAUGGCCACCCGCCCAAUGUACUCGGGCAUUGGCGUACAUUGGACAUUGACAAUCAUGGGCUGCAUUGCGGCUAUUCUCAGUCCUGCGCCGCUUCUGCUUUGGCGCUACGGUCCCAAGCUCAGGAAGAAGAGCGAGUACGCAAAGGACCCGUAG